AUGUUAAAGAUUCGUCAGAUACAAAAGAAGAAACAAGAAGAAGCAGCUGCUGCUGCUCGUGAAGCCAACGGCAAUCAAUCCCCAAAAGAUGCACACGCGUCAUCUUCCACAUCUUCCACAGCCAGAGUAAGUGCAGCUCAAUUAAGAGUUCAAAAAGAUUUAACUGAAUUAGAUUUACCCAAAUCCAUCAAAAUAACAUUCCCUAAUUCCAAUGAUUUUUUUAAUUUUAAUUUAAGGAUAAUCCCUCAAGAAGGAUAUUAUAAAAAUGGGAAAUUUCAAUUUAAAAUUGAAAUUAAUAAUAAUUUUCCAAUUGAUCCACCAAAAAUUAAAUGUUUAAAUAAAAUAUAUCAUCCAAAUAUUGAUUUAGAUGGGAAUAUAUGUCUUAAUAUCUUAAGAGAAGAUUGGUCCCCGGUAUUAUCGUUAAAUUCGGUUUUAAUUGGAUUAAAUUUCUUAUUCUUGGAACCAAAUCCCAAUGAUCCUUUAAAUAAAGAUGCGGCUAAUAUGUUGGUUAAAGAUAAAUUACAGUUUAAAAGAAAUGUUGAGAAUUCAAUGAGAGGUGGGUAUAUUGAUCUGACUUAUUAUGAUGAUGUUCUUAGAUAUUGA